CGACCUUAGUUUACGUUUGAGGAGCGGGAGCAAAAUGUUACUUGUGGUUAUCUCUUGUUAUUUGUUUCUUGUUCGUUAUUCGAAUUAAGUUUUAGUUGUGUUUAGAAUUAAUGUAAGAAAAGGGAUUGUUGAAGAUGACUAUGUUUAAUCAGGCGGCCGUAGAGGCGUUGUGUUCGGCGACAUAUUUAGAAAAUUAUCUUGAAACCAUGGAGAGCUUGCCAGAUGAUUUACAAAGAUGCGUGACAGCUCUGAGAGAACUUGAUAUCAAGUGUAGAGAUAUUUUACAAGAUAUGGAUCACCAUCAUGAUACUUACACAUCAAACAAAUCAGAAGGCACAGCCAAGAAGAAAGCCUUUCUUGGUAUACAACGAGCACUGAUAAAAUGUCAGGAGAUUGGGGAUGAGAAACUUCAUCAAAUGUCAACCAUAAUUGAAAUAAUUGAGAAUCGACAACGUCAGCUGGAUCAAGAUAGAGAAAAUCUGGACCCAACGAUAAAUCGUCCACGUGAAUUGGAUAGGGAGGAAUGUCAGACGACACGAAAAGAAACAAAGACAAACGAUAACGACAGACCGGAAAAAUCUGGUCAAAAACGUCAGCGAAGACAGAAGAAUAGUGAAACUGUUGAUGAUAAGGAUAAUGCGAAUGGAAAUAAGAAGAAGAAAAAGCGUAAAGUGAAGAAAGAACGACCAGACUCUCCGAUUGAUCCGCCAAUUGACCCGGACGAACCACGAUAUUGUUUGUGUAAUCAAGUAUCGUACGGUGAAAUGAUAGGAUGUGACAAUGACAAGUGUCAAAUCGAGUGGUUUCAUUUUAACUGUGUAAACUUAUCACACAAACCGAAAGGGAAAUGGUACUGUCCGCGUUGUCGUGGUGAUAAACCGACCGUGAAGAAACCAGAUAAAUAGACCAGGAGUAUUUUAACGAAGGCAGUCAUCGUUUUUUGUUUUAUUUGGAAAAUCGUAUAUUUAACAUUUUUACUCUCGAGACUUUUUACAUUUUGUGGUAGUGAUGAUCAUAGUGGAUACGAGACAUAGAUAUUAUAAAUAUCAAAACCAAAUACAUUUCACAAUCUCUCCAGAAAAUAGGAAGACAUGUUUAAAUUGAAUUCAGUGUCACUCCAUGUUGGGAUAUAUGAGGCUCUGUGCACAUAGGCGUACGGGGAAAUUUUUGACUGGGGGGGGGGGGGGGCGGUGGUGGUUGGUGCCCAAAAAAUGUAGUUAGGUUCUUAGUAUGUUACCUAAUAAUAAUAAAUUCGCUGUUAAAUUGGACACAUUCAAGAACACAAUAUUUUUUUAUACAACUUUUAGAAAGUACAAUUGUGUGCCCAAAUUUUCCCAGUAUUUGGUUCCCAAAAUGGGGGGGCAGGCGCCCCCCCCAGCCCCCCCAGCUCGUACGCCUAUGUCUGUGCAGAGUAUACAUGUAAUGUACAGAUCCAGAUUCGACACCUGUUAGUUUAUUUUUCAUUUUAUUUCAGUAACUUAAAAUUUAAUAGAUCUAUUGCCUUUACUAUAAAUACUACUUAAUAUUUUAUAGUUGUCAAAUACUUAGUCGCUGAUCGUCACUUCAGGGAUAUUAUCGUUGUCAAAUAAUUAGUCUCUGAUCGUUACUUCAGGAAUUUUCAAUGGCAAACUAUGCAAAAACUACAAUAUUAUAAAAAUUGAAUCUCUAAAAAAUUAAUAUCAGUCCAACAAACCACAAUAUUUCUAAAAUUAAAUCUCUAAAUAUGAUUCAGUUUGUACAUUUACAUGUAAUUACAAUAUUGUAAAAGCAGAAUCUCUGAAAGGAAUAUCAGUCUUAAAAUGGGUUAAUUCUGUUCAGUAUUUACAAAGAUAUGUUGAAUUGAAAAUAUCUCAACAUUCGGCUGAUGAUGUAAACAUGAUAUGGUGAAAAUGAAUUACGGCCACACAUAAUCUUUGCUAAAAUCUUUUCAUGGGCUGCUAUUUCAAUCAGAUCGAAUCCAAGUCGAGAGAUUAUCUGGUAUUAAUAUUUUGAUUUUGUAUUCUUAAUAAAAUGUUACAUAAUCAAUGUGAGUACGAGUGGGUUAAAUUGUGGAAAUAACACACAGAGACUCUUAUUAAAUUUUAAAAGGGCAUUAUGAUUACCAAAAUAAUAAAUGUAUAUUAUUUAUACAUAUAUAUAUGUACGGCUCAGCAAGGGAUUGACAGAUUUGUUUCAAAUUUUUUGCAAAAAAUCCCUUGAUGAAGCCCUGAUGAGAAAAUGAGACCCAUGUAUUCUGCGAAAAAAAUACAAACCAUGAUCAGAGGCUUUAAAGUAUCAUCAGAAAUUUUCUGUUAAAUGUUGGGGAACUUGCAGAACCCUGUACAAUCUACAGUUGGCACUGAUUACAGUUCUGUGUGUUUCAGACUGAAAAUCAGGUUUUCGUCGGUUACUCCCUCUGCUAAAAACCCCUACACGAAAGUGUAUUAUUUAAAUAAAAUGUUAGUACUGAAUUGACCUAGUUUGUGUUGAGUGGUCGGAUGGGAUGGAAAAAACCCAGAGGUCCCGUGUACACAUUAACAUGCACGUAAAAGAACCCUUGAUUGUUGGAAUUAGAAAUAAAAGUAGGUUGUAGCGUCAAUGUCUGGGCAAAUUUUCCCUGAUAGCCAUUGGUGUAUGGCGUACCCGUCUCGAUUAGCCCGGUUGGGGUAGAAUAGUGGAACGUUAAGCCCCAUUUCAUUACCACUUCAAUAGACAUACAUGUAUGUUUGAUUUAUAUUGAUAGUUUGUUUUAAAACUAUGUUUGUCAUGCAGGUUAAUUUGAUACCAGAUACAUGUAUGUGGGGGUGGAGCUGGGCGAAGAAUCGUGAUGGGCAAACGAACAUACAUACAUACAGACCCACUUUGAUUUUAUUUUUAUAGAUUGUUAAAAACUGUUUCAGGGUCUACUUUGUCUUGUUAUCAGAAUAAGAUAUUCAGAUUGAUUUGAAAGGGUGAAAAUAGAUUUAAAGUUGAAUUACUUGGACAAUUGAAGAAUUUUAAUUAUUCAGGGUCGUACAUCUUUAUAACUGUUGUCUUUAACAGAUUUGCUAUAGACACAAUCAUAUUCUUAGAUUAAAUAAAAAUAAAAUAGUUUUUUCAUCUUAAAA